CGGUUUGCCUCUGACUUCCGGUUUGUGAAGGGCAAUAGACAUGCAUGUGUGCUCUACUGGUCGUGGAGGCUAAAUGCGACAUAUUCAGUAUAUGACAUAGGCGUCCUAGGCUGACCCCGAGCAAAAAUGUUCCUGACCAAUAUCCUCCUGAGAAAGGGCAUUCCCGGCCGCCAGUGGAUAGGGAAAUACAGGAGACCCCGGGAGGUCACUUGGACCAUGAAACAGUCUAUGAUUAAGAGACUGGAGACAGAGGCUGAGACCGAGUACUGGAUAAGCCAGCCCUACAUGACCAAGCAACAGGAAUUCCGUCAUGCCGCAGAACGGAAACGCAGACACCUCGAGGAGAAGAGGGCCAUGACGCUGGCGCACUUCCCCGAACACAAGUACCUGCAAGAUCACCUAAACCACUUGAACGUCACCAAGAAAUGGACUGUGUCUUGAUCUCUGUGAUGUGACGUCUUGCCGAAACCUAUUAAAUGUAUUUCCUAAUGA